AUGCCCCCCACGCCGCCCAUCUCCACCGGCGCGCACGAUGCCAAGUACGAGCCGGUGGACGUCAAGACCCUGGGCCAGGGCAACUUCGGCACCGCCAAGCUGAUGCGGCACAGGGCGAGCGGGCAGCUCUUCGCCAUCAAGUACAUCGAGCGCGGAGACAAGAUCGACGAGAACGUCAAGCGCGAGCUAGUCAAUCAUCGCCUGCUGGACCACCCGAACAUCAUCCGCUUCGUCGAGGUGCUGCUCACGCCCACGCACCUCGCGAUCGUGAUGGAGUACGCGGCUGGGGGCGAGCUGUUCGACCGCAUCUGCGGGAAAGGACGGUUCCACGAGGACGAGGCCAGAUUCUUCUUCCAGCAGCUCAUCAGCGGCUUGGAGUAUUGUCACGGCCACGGGGUGGCUCACCGCGACCUGAAGCUCGAGAACACGCUCCUGGACGGUGGGGAGGUCCCCAGGCUCAAGAUUUGUGAUUUUGGCUACUCGAAGCACUCGCUCAUCGACUCGGAGCCCAAGUCGACGGUGGGAACCCCGGCGUACAUCGCGCCCGAGGUGCUGUCUCGUAAGGCGUACGACGGCAAAGCCGCGGACGUGUGGUCGUGCGGGGUCACACUGUACGUCAUGGUGGUGGGCGCGUACCCGUUCGAGGACCCGGCGGAUGCGAGGAACUUUCGAAAGACAAUCAUGCGGAUCCGCGGCGUCAACUACGCGUUCCCGGCGCACAUCGCCCUGAGCGAGGAGUGCAAGGACCUGAUCAAACGCAUCUUUGUGCUGGACCCGGUUCACAGGCUGAACAUCGCGGGCAUCAAGCAGCACCCCUGGUUCCAGCGCAACCUCCCGGCGGAGCUGCAGAACGCGGUGGUCAACGACGGGCCGGACCCGAACCAGAUGCAGAACCUCGACGAGCUCAUGUCCAUCGUGGACGAGGCCAAGCACAGGCCCGGGGAUGGCGCGCACGGGGCGCAGGGUGGGAUGAUGGGGGGCAGCGCUGACUAUUACCCCGACGAGGACAUGGACGACGACAUGGGCGCCGGGUUGUCUGGGGACUACGGGGCGUACGACUGA